AUGUACCGACAUCCCUGCUUAUUCGAAAUAUCUCUGGGCCGGGAUUUGGACCACGAGCGGAAGAAAGAAGAACGUGGGUCCCUUUGUCGGGGACGAGCGAAGGAGCACUCGAGUGCAGCAAACGGAAGCGGCAGGGCAGCAGAGACGUGGAGACGGCCUCUGCGCGCCCAGCGCGGGGCUCGAAUGGCAGAAACAAACGAGCGCGGGUUCCACAUGGCGCCGAAGCUGAGCAAGAUCUUCCCAGAGUCGUGCCUACUAAUUGUGGUGGGCGUGGUCAUCGGCGUUCUGCUUAACCACGUGGGCCAUGUGAACAUGCAGCCCCUCACUCCAGACACCUUCUUCCUCUACAUGUUGCCACCCAUUAUCCUAGACGCUGGGUACUUCAUGCCCAACAGAUUGUUCUUUGACCACCUUGGAACCAUCCUCUUGUUUGCUGUGAUCGGGACUGUUUGGAACACUGUCACCAUUGGUGUGUUGAUAGGAUGGAGUGGCGGAAAUGGCAUAGACGGAGGGAAAUACACAGAUGAAAGGUGCGGACUGUUCGGCGACCACAACACCGCCCCAGUGUUGCAUGUGUUCGUCUUCUCGGCUCUCAUCUCUGCCGUGGACCCCGUGGCUGUGCUGGCCGUCUUCGAGGAGAUUCACGUCAACGAGAUCCUGUACAUCGUCGUCUUCGGCGAGUCGCUGCUCAACGACGCUGUCACUGUCGUGCUGUACCACAUGUUCGAGGCGUACUCGGAGAUGGGCGUGUCGAACAUCGUGUACACGGACGUGCUGUCGGGGCUGGCGUCGUUCCUGGUGGUGGCGCUUGGCGGCACCUGCAUCGGCGUCGUGUGGGGCUUCCUCACGGGGCUCGUGACGCGCUACACGCACGAGGUGCGCGUCAUCGAGCCCAUCUUCAUCUUCGUCAUGGCCUACCUGGCCUACCUCAACGCUGAGGUGUUCCACAUGUCCGGCAUCCUGGCUAUUACUUUCUGUGGCAUUACUAUGAAGAACUACGUCGAAUCUAACAUCUCACACAAGUCACAUACUACAAUCAAGUACACAAUGAAGAUGUUGAGUUCUUCGUCUGAGACGAUUAUCUUCAUGUUCCUGGGCGUAGCCACUGUAAACGACGAGCACGACUGGAACACCUGGUUCGUCUUCCUCACUAUCAUCUUCUGUUCCGUGUAUCGCGCAAUCGGGGUGGUGCUGCUGACGGCGGUGGCCAACCGCUUCCGCCUGCACAAGUUGACGCGCGUCGACAAGUUCGUCAUGUCGUACGGCGGGCUGCGCGGCGCCGUGGCCUUCGCGCUGGUGCUGCUCAUCGACAAGAGGCACAUCCCGCUGCAGCCCAUGUUCGUCACCACCACCAUCGCCGUCGUCUAUUUCACCGUCUUCUUCCAGGGCAUCACCAUCAAGCCGCUGGUGCGCAUCCUCAACGUGAAGCGGCAAGAGAAGCGCAAGCCCACGAUGAACGAGCGCAUCCACGAACGGUUUAUGGACCAUUUGAUGGCUGGAAUUGAGGACAUUCUAGGUCAUCACGGCAACUACCAUGUGCGUGACAAGUUCAAGCGUUUUGACAACCGCUUCAUCCGCCCGCUGCUGAUCCGCGAUCACCAGGGCGCCGAGCCCAAGAUCCUCGAGACGUACUCGAAGCUGGCGAUGCGCGAUGCCAUGGAGUACAUGCGACGCAACGCCAGCACAGUGGGCAACAUCUCAGGCACCGAGUCUAUGAGCGCCAUCUUCCGUAACUACACGGCCGGCAACUUCAACGGCAACCUCAACGGAAGCCAGCUGGACUCGAGCACAUGGAACAUCGACAUGCAGGAGCUGGAGUACAACCCGUCCAAGAAGGACCUGACGGACGCGCGCAUCCACCACCUGCUGGACGAAGAGCUGUGUAAACCCUACCGACGGGUGUGUACGCCCGCCGCCGCCGGCGGCCACGCCCACUGCAAGCUCCUUUACAUCCGCCACGGCCUGCGCCACCUGUCAGUGAACACCCGCCGCCGGGUGGCAGCCGAAGACACCUUCCCGCAAGAGCACGACGACCAGGCGUUCUCGGAGGUCACGGAGAGCACUCGCCUGACGGAGCACGUGGACGAGCUGGACGACGUGGUGGUGGACCACUGCCGGCACCAGCGCCCGCUGCGCCAAGACCUGGGCUCGGAGCCCGAGCCGGGCGCGCACCGGCAGCACCGCCGCCGCCGCCGCCACCGCUCGCGGAAGAGCGCGGACGCGCGCGAGGGGCCGGCGGCCAAGGGCGAGCAGGAGGCCGUGAGCGAUUGGCGGCUGAGGCAGGAGGCCAUGUGGUAUGAUGGCAAGCAGAAUCACGUUAGUUUCCCAGGCAUCACACAAAAUGGAUCUGCCAAGCAAUUCUCCAACGACUACCUGAACGAAGUGCUGAAGGAGACGGAGGACGACGGGGACCCGGAGGUGCCCAAGUCGGCCAGCAAGGAGGACUGGGAGAGCGCCAUCACCUUCACAGCCAAGUCUGCGCGUGAGUGGCCGUCGCGGCGCGCGAUUGCUUCGCGACCCUGCUCCCCCUCGCGCCCUCGAGGUGUCCGAACGAUACGAACUCGCCUCGGGGAGCAGCAGCAACGAACUGCAAAAGAAGACAUCGAGGGACUCGGACGCGGCGGGUGGCUCCACGUGUGUGGUGUGUGCAUGCGAGCAGACAGCGCGCGCGUGACCACGCCCACCGCCACCGAGACCACGUUGCCCUGGAAGCGCGGCGACGACAGCGACGCGACGGCGGGCCCCGUCAAGCAGAGCGAGUUCCCCGCCUGGUGCUCCAACAAGGAGUACCUCGCCUACAGCUCGCCCUCCGCCACCUUCCUGGGUGGCAUCGAGACGCCCAAGGUGGCGUCUGUGAUCGGGCUGUUCCGGCGCGAGAGCACGGGCUCCGUGAACGACGCAGGCUCCGACUCGUCGCUGCGCGAGGCGAGCGGCGGCACGGCGUCGCCGGCCAGCGCGGGCACGGUGCUGCUGCUGGAGGAGGCGGCGGCGGCCGCGGCGGCGGCGGUGGCUGCGGCGGGCGACGCGCCGGCCGGCCCCUCCGAGGGCGCGCCCAGGCCCAGGCGCUCCGUCACA